CGCACAAUAGCCUUGACGAAACCUCGCCCACAAUGUCCUUGUGCGCACACCGUGAAGCGGUGAUGGUGUCGCCAUUAAGUAGAACUCCGCACACGACGUCCAAGAUGAUUCCAGAUCUCGUUGGAUACCGCUCUCGCCUCGAAGGACACCGUACUGGAACCGUUGUUACAUCGUGUGAUGAAAUCUGCCAGCCCAUCGGACAUCGUGUUAACCAGGGAAAGUGUCCUCGACCUAAUGCGAGUCGGAGCACCAGUGCCAGUGCCAGGCCCAAUUGAAAUCGCCGUGUCCCUCCCACCAACAACAACAUCCUUCUCAACCAAACGGCCCACAGGAGUCACGAACUCCCUCCCCGACCGAGCCAACUUCGCCAUGAGAAGCCACAACACCCCCCGACCCUCCUUCGAAACCUUGACGAGCGAGUACUCCGUCGCGACGAUGCAAGCGAUCAAUCGCGAGGAGCGUCCGUACCAUCUUAGCGAGGAUAUCGCGGCGUUACGGGUUCUGCGGGAGACGGCGGAGCGGCGGCAGCAGCAGCAGGGGCCAAAGAUGUCCCUCUCUACCCAAGGAGGAACGUCGUCGUCGUCAGCUCGUGUGCCGUUCCGGAGUGAGAGCGUGAGUGUGAGACACCAUCCCGGUGCGGAGAGGAAGAUGUCGCUGACGACUGGUGCUUCGACGACAGGCAGUCAGCAGCAGGGGUGGCGGGCGGAUGUGCUCGACGCCAUCUGCGUGACGCCGUCGGAUGCUCGGAACCGGCAGAGAGCGCUACGGGCGUUGGAUGGGCGGUCGCGGAGCAGUCGGGGUACGGCGAGAGCUCAGCAGCACCCGACUCGGAGUAGCAGUCAACGUACGCAGCGACGUGGGAGCGCUCUUCGUGAGACGCAGCAGGAGCGGGCAGAGGCUGCAGCGGCGACAGCGGCGUACAACCCGUAUGUCGGUAACAUCGCGGUCGUACGUUCGACUCCCCCUGCUUCCUCGUCCGCCGGAGGUGCUCACCAGAGAAGGCCAUCCAUCAGCAGAUGCGUAUCCGACAGUUUCAAGAAGAUGGGUCGUCGUCUAAGCGAUGCCGUACGUCGGCCUUCCCCUGCAGAGACGCUAGACGUCAAGCACGUCCAGGGCAGCGCGUGCUACGACGCGCGGAGUGAUCCGCCGAAAUCCUUCCAUAACCUCAUCUCGCUUGAAGAAGCGCAGAGGAAGUUUGGCGCGGGCGCGAGCGCGAUGGGGGUAGAUCAGCGCUUGUACUCGCAACCGGCCCUGUCUCGCAGCUCUGGUGAUCGCUACCCAAAUGCACUGCCACGCAGAGGAAAGUCGUUGAGGCAUGAGAAGAGGUCGGUUGCUCCGGUACAAGCGCAGCCGCAAGCGAAGCGGGAGGAAGUCGGUGCCCCGACUCGGCGAUUGGAGCGGGAUACGACUUUCAGUGGUAUGAUCGAUGCUGCGACCAGGCGCGAGUCGCAGUGGAAGCCGGCUGGAUCGAAGGCCCGACCGCCGUCUUGGGAGGAGACGGAUACGAUCACCGUGGGGUAUUCGCCCACGUGGCCGGGUGUGGAGUACCUCGACGCGUCGGAGGCGAGCCUGCUGUCGGUCGAUUCAGCUGUCGACAACGAACCGAUCAGACGCAAGUCAGUACUCAGAGCUGAUUCAGGUGUCAUGAAGGAUUUGCCUCUGCUGCCCAGCACGACGUAUGCGUCGCCCCAAACGGUGAAGUAUGGCAAGAUGCCAACGUACGCCUACGAAGCCUUCGACAAUAACGACCAAAGUGAAAGCUGCUCCAUCUCCGACCUCGCCACCCAAAUGCGCAACUCCAACCUCACCACCUCGCAAAUCCACGACGCCUACGCCGAAGUGCAUCGCCUGCACGAGCGUCUGGACCAACCGGCAGCAGCAUCUGCACCAGUUCCAGGAGCAUGGGACGGAAUGGACAGCAUGGAAGACAUCCACCCCCGCACCAUCAUCGACACCGUACCGAGAGACGGACACACGAGCUGGAUGGUGACGGAUCGGAGUGGGAAGGAUGCGAUUCAGUCGUGGCAUGCGCGGGUGCCGGAUCGUGAUCCUGCGGCGGCGUUGAUGAGAAGGCUGGAGCAGGAGAGGAGUGGGUUGGUGCUGUCGGGGCAGGGUUCGGGGAGGGUGGCUAGGCGGUCCUCAAUACGACGGGCACCGAGUGAGCGUGGGCGUCAAGGGUGGUUGUAGCGAAGAAUGAUGCGCAUUGAACCGGA